AUGAAAUAUGAUCCGUUCGAGGCUUCAAUUGAUCCUAGACAGCGUGAAGGCCGUAUGGACGACCUAAGGGCCUCCACAGAAACAAAUAUUGGUACUAAGGACCCGUUCGACAAUCCAUUCAUGAAUGUUGUGACAGGCUGGGAUGGAGUCGUCGCUAAGGGGAGUAUGGUUAUUACCUAUGUCAAGCGCCACGCUGGCGAAGCAUAUAUGCACGAGGUAACAAAUGCUAUAUACACUCAUCUUGUUCCUGAAGAUAAACUCAAGUAUAUCUUUGUGACAAAUAUCAGAAACAUAGAUACUAGGGGUUUUAUCCAGCAUCAGAUCUAUGGUAAACCCAAUGGGACGAGCUUCCCUCCAAUGGAGGGGAAGUUUCCAAAUCCACACCACUUCCUCCAUGGAUCGCCAGAAUACCAUGGUCUACUAGGUACCGAGAUUGGUAGAAUGAUAGGACGUUUUGUUUUGGGGCGGUAUCCACAUGGAACUUGUAAAAUCACUCAAAUCUCAAUUGCAUUAUUGGGAGAACACGAUUCGCUUAUGAAAGAGAUCGACAUGAUGUUUCAGCUGGAGCCAACUCAGGAACCAGUGGGAUUGCCAGUAACACCUUAUCCUUCAAGUUCUGAAGAGCCCGAGGAUAGAGCCGCCGCUCAACAAGCCCAGAAUAGGCUAUACAACAGGUACCGGGAAACUAUGGCUCUGAAACGCGCUGCGGAAACACAGGAUGAAGAGAAUAAGGAACGGUAUGGGCGAACACGCUCGGGAAAGCAACGGAAAAGGGAUUAG